AUGACCUUCUUAAAAACAGUGACCUCCUUAAAAACAGUGACAAAUACAAUAUUAUUAUUGAAGUUGGUCAACCACCAAACAGUAAAGAAUUUAAGGUUCAUUCAAUUAUUUUAAAUUCUCGCUUUAAUGUUGAUGCUUCUAUUAUCGUUGAUCUUUUAAUCGCCUCUAGAACAAAAUUGGAAGGUUGUAAAUGUAUUAAUUGUAUUCAACGAGUUGCCGAAUAUCAAUAUAACUCGAAUGAAUAA